GCGGUAUCUCAACAGUCUUUCGUGAGAUUUCUACCGUAAUGGAUCGUUGGGAAGGAAAAGUCGCUUUAGUCACCGGAGCGAGCUCUGGAAUAGGCACGCAAAUCGUAAAUGCGCUUGCGAAAAAUGGAAUGAAAGUGAUCGCCGUCGCGAGAAGGCUGGCAAAGCUGGAGGAAUUAGCGGUGAGUAUCAAAAGUGAAUUUAACGGCAAAGUCUACCCAAUGGCAUGCGAUGUCCAAAAAGAAGAGGAAAUCCUCAAAGUGUUCAAAUGGGCAGAGGAAGAAUUGGGUGGUGUUGAUGUGAUGAUCAAUAACGCUGGCGUAAUGGUAAACGAGCCGAUUAUAGAGGGAUCGACAGAGAAUUACCGUAAAAUUCUGGACGUAAAUGUACUAGCGGUGGCCAUCUGUUCGCGGGAAUUGGUACAAUCCAUCAAAAAGCGCAAAGUUGCAGGCCACAUCAUUAAUAUUAAUAGUGUAGCAGGCCAUUAUGCAGAGAUGAUCACUAUGCCAAUAAGUUUAUAUAGCGCCAGUAAAUAUGCUGUCACUGCAAUGUCAACGAGUCUACGUCAUGAAAUAACGAAGGCAAAGCAUGAUGUAAAGGUCACGAGUAUCAGUCCUGGCAUGGUGGAUACGGAGAUGCUACGAAGCGCCGCUAUUAACCUUGGCUUGGACAUGGAUUUGGAAAGCUUAACGAUAUUGAAAGACACUGAUAUCGCAGAUGCAGUGAUUUAUAGUUUAAAUGUGCCGCACUAUGUUCAGAUAUGUGAAGUCAUAAUAACUCCACACGAAGCUUUAGCUACGAAGAAUCCUAGACCAUUCAGUAAAUAACGCAUAUGCUGCUUUUAAAGCCUGGCCUCUUUCCUAAGUUUUCAACAGCCACGCUUAAAAACCGAUGAAACUAAAAGAAGAUUCAAAUAUUAUUUAACUUUUUGGGAAAUAAAAAAGAUUAAUAAUAGAAAAGAAAUAGAAAUACUUAUAUUUACAUGCAAACCUUUUCACAAUCAAUACUUUUAUAUUGAUAUAGAAAAUUUGUAAGAAUAUAAAUUAGAAUAGUUUAUGAUCAUGAUUUUAAUGUUAAAUAAAAUAACUAUAUUUCUCA